CCAGGGAUGAUCUCCUAAAAUAACUGUAAAGCCGCGAAACUACCUACUCAAUUAAUGCAAAACGCCGCAAUUUUCGGUUUUUAAUUGAUGAAAAACAGUAAUCUGUGUAUUUACUAUAAUAUUGUGGUUUUGGUUGCACAUUAAAGAUCAUGACGAUCUUGCAAAAUGUGUGCAGGGCUUGUAUGGACGAGACCGAAACCCUGGUGGAUCUGUUCGCCGACAUCCGCGAUCCGACUAUUGACGAGCCGGAGAUGAGCCUCUCCCACAUCCUCGCCCAGUGCACCAAUCGCAGCGUGGAACGCGGCGAUCCUCUGCCGCAAUUCAUCUGCCUGACCUGUGUCCUGGCCGCCCAGAACGCCUUUCGAUUCAAGUGGAAGACUGAGCGAAGCUACCAGCACUUCUGCCGUCUGCUUAACAAUCCGGAUCAGAAUCCGAACCUGGAAACGCAGCCCCAAAAGAAUGGGCAACAUGAGUCAGAAACCCAGCUACAAAACGAUAAUGAUCAAAAGCAGAGACCCCAAACGAAGAACCAAGACAACCAAGAAGAUGUUACAGCGGGAUCUUGCUCUAUUCCAAAUCUUAGCAGGCAAACUACUCCCAGAAAAGAAAAGAGGAUGGAUCUCCUUCAACGACAAUUGCGUUGUGAUGUCAAUGGCAACUACAAGUGCCCGCACUGCCCCAAGAGGUUUUAUUCCCAGACCCAGUUGAGGACCCAUAUCAGUGCGCUGUGCCACAUGUGCCCCUACUGCCCACGUGCCUAUACCAAAAAAGCCAGCCUAAAACGACAUCUGCUGAACCACGUUAGCAAGGCUAUGCACAAGUGUCCGCACUGCUCAAAGGCUUUUAUGCGAAAGGAUCAUCUUAAGAAACACUUUCACAUCCACGACAAUGACGGCCCGCUGUCCUGCAACCAGUGCUCGGCCGUAUUUAUCGAGGCUAUUCAGCUGAAAAUCCACCGCAAGGAACACCUACCGAAGACAGCGUCUUCAAGCUCGGAUUCUACGAAAGAUUGCCACUCAGAGGAGAGCGAUCAGGAUCCGGAUGUAAAACCAAACAUCUCCAAUGGCCAAUCGCUGUCUAAACCAAUGGAUUGCGAACUUAGCUCAGAAAGCUAUUUGGGCAAAGAGAAUCUAAAAAUGCAUAAUAUUCUUGAGCCACCGCGACUACGCAAGAGAGAACCACAAAACCACGGCGAUAGUCUUCUGAGUAACACCAGCGAUGAAGUUCGCGUCAAAAAAAACGAAAUUCCGAUUAUAAAGUGGUUUCAUAGCAGCAGUGGCAGCAGCGUAGAUCAGAAGACAAGCUCAGGUGGACGAACCAAGUGA